AUGAAAGAUGAAGAGGAGGAGGAGGAAGAAGAGAAAGAUGAUGAGGUGGACAAAGAUCAGGAGAAAGAAGAUGAUGGAGAAGAGCACGAUGAAGACGUGGAGGAGGAGGAGGAGGAUGAAGAGGAAGACAAUAAAGACGAGAACAAAGAAGCAGAGGAAGAAAAGAAGUUGUGUAAAGGAGUCAAACCGAAACUGGACGUCCCGCUGCAUCUGCAGUUCCACAAGCUCCACACCUCCUACUCCUCCUGGAAGCAGUCAUGUGUGGUGGCGGUGGCUCACAGGGGAGGAGAUGUGAGUGAGGAGGAAGAGGAGGAGAAGGAGGAGGAAAAGGAGGAGUGGUGGGCCUGGAAGGAGUCAUGGAGGAUUUGUCGCUGGAAGAAGCCGGACGAGGACAAGGUGACGUGUUUCUCCACCGAACUCCGGAGACACGUGGGUUGUGAGGGAGACAAAUGUGACAAAGAUCAACCACCACCUCCUCCUUCAUCUUCAUCAUCGUCAUCAUCUUCUUCUUCGUCGGUGGUGAAACCCCAGCAGCCCUCUCAGGACUUCCUGGAUCAGUUUGCACAGGUGAGCUCCCCAAACAGUGGAGGGGACCGUAAACACCGCGACGCCAGCGCCGUCCUGCCCUUCAUCGGCCUCACAGGCAGCGCCGAGCAGAGCCGCAGCUGCUGUAAAAACGGAGGCACGUGUAUCCUGGGCAGUUUCUGCACCUGCCCGCAGUUCUUCACCGGGCGGAGCUGCGAGUACGACCAACGCAUCAGGAGCUGUGGUUUGAUUCCUCACGGGGAGUGGGUUCAGAAAGGAUGCUCCUACUGUCGCUGUGGUUACGGCGUCCUGCACUGCUUCCACGUCUUCCAUAAAGACUGUGAUGACUCAGAGGAGGUGCGUUGGUAUCGCUCAUCAGCUGUUAGGGCGGUUCACAACACUUCCUGCUUCCUGUUUGUGACGCUGCUUCUUCCUCUGCUCGUCUUCCUCUGAUGGUUUAAGAAGUAAAAGCAGGACGGAAACACGAGGAUUUAUUUUAAACUCUGAGCUGUGGACGGUUUGAAAAGGUGGAUUUUACCAAACAGUUUAUUUGAUGUGGUCCAGAUGUUCCAGCUCAGGAUCAGGAAAUACAUUGUUGUGAAACUGGGACCCGGAAGAUGUUGAAGACAUUUACUCUCAGUUGACCUGAAGAAUAAUUUCCUUGAUUUUAAACUCGUACAUCAGCCUGUUGUGGUUUACAGGGACAUGAGGACCACGAAGUGUGUGUGUGUGUGUGUGUGCGUGUGUGUGUGUGUGCGUGUGUGUGUGCGUGUGUGUGUGUGUGUGUGUGUGUAGGAAGUUGUAAAUAAGAUUUUUAUGAAAAAUAUGUUUUUUUUGUUUUUUCAUCUCAUGAUCUGUGAAAAUCAGCAGAACGCAGAGUUUAUUUGACUGAACUCUGUGUUUCUGUCUCGUUUGCACAAACUGAGCUGAUGUGACUUUUUGUCCUUUGAACUCUGUAUAAACACGUGUUUCACUAUGUGUUUAUUAAAGUAAACUAUUGUUGUGUUGCAGCAUCGAGCUCAUUUUUCAGAGGGAAUAUUUAAAAUAAAAAGUGAAUGUUCAGACUCUU